AUGGCGGCCGCGGCGGCGGCCACGGCGGCGGCGGGGGAGGCGGAGGCGGAGGCGGCCUGGCCCGAGCUGGACGCGGCGGAGCGCGAGCGGCGGCGCGAGCUGCUGCUGACGGGCCCGGCGCUGGAGGCGCGCGUGCGCGCGGCGGGCGGGCGGCUGCCGGCGCGGCUGCUGGCGCUGCCGCUGCUGCACUGCCUGGAGGUGAGCGGCUGCGCGGCGCUGCGCGAGCCGGGCCCGGGGCUGGCGGCGGCGCUGCCGCGGCUGCAGUCGCUGGUGCUGCGGGGCAACGCGCUGGGGCCCGAGCUGCGGCCCGAGCUGGGGCCGCUGGCGGCGCUGCGCGUGCUGGACCUGUCGGGCAACGCGCUGGAGGCGCUGCCGCCGGGCCGCGGCCUGGGCCCCGCCGAGCCGCCGGGGCUGCCGCGCCUGCAGAGCCUCAACCUGAGCGGCAACCGGCUGCGCGAGCUGCCGCCCGACCUGGCCCGCUGCGCGCCGCGCCUGCAGAGCCUCAACCUGGCGCGCAACCGGCUGCGGGCGCUCCCCGACGAGCUCUUCCGGCCCGGCGCGCUGCCGCUGCUCGGCGAGCUGGCGGCCGCCGACAACUGCCUGUGCGAGCUCAGCCCCGGCGUCGCGCACCUGGCCGCGCUCAAGACGCUGGACCUGUCCAACAACCAGCUGACUGAGGUGCCGGCCGAGCUGGCCGACUGCCCCAAGCUCAAGGAGCUCCAGCUGCAAGGGAACCGGCUGCGGGACCGGCGGCUGGAGAAGAUGGUGGGCAGCUGCCCGACCCGCUCCAUCCUGGAAUACCUGCGCGCGGGGGGCCGGGCCGGCCGCAAGGACCGCGACAAGGACAAGGACGAGAGCCGCAAGAAGAGGAAGGAGCGGCGGGCGCGCGACAGCGAGGGCGGCGAGGCGGGCGCCGUGGCCGAGACGUGCCAGCUGCUCCUGCGGGUGCUGCACGUGGCCGAGAACCCCGCCCCGCUCGCCAUCACCAUCACCCCCGAGGUCAGGGAAGUGCGGCCCUUCUUUGUGGGCGCCGUGGUCAGGGGCAUGGACUUGAACCCCGGAAACGUACUCAAGCGCUUCCUCGCUCUGCAGACCAAGCUGCACGAAGACGUGUGUGAGAAGCGGACGGCAGCCACCAUCGCCACUCACGACCUGCAGGCCGUGCGCAGGCCCCUGGUCUACACCGCGCGCCCGCCACAGGACCUCAAGAUAACCCCCCUGGGGCGCAAAGAACUGAAGGCCCAGGAGCUGGUGCGGCAGCUGCAGCUGGAGGCCGAGGAGCAUCGGAAGCAGAAGAAGCGGCAGAACCUGUCCGGCCUGCACAGGUAUCUGCACUUGCUGGAUGGGAAGGACAAUUACCCCUGCCUGGUGGACGCCGACGGCCACGUCAUCUCCUUCCCGCCCAUCACCAACAGUGAGAAGACCAAGAUCAAGAAAACCAGCUCCGCCCUCUUCCUGGAGGUGACCAGUGCCACCAGUCUGCAGGUGUGCAAGGACAUCAUGGACACGCUGAUCCUGAAAAUGGCAGAGCUGCACAAGGCCACCCAGUCCGACCGAGAGGACGGUCCCCCCUCAGACUCAGAGGCUGAGGCCGGCCCGAUGCCCCAUGCCAACGGUCCCGAGGAGACCCCCCUGGUGGUGGAGCAGGUCCGAGUACUGGACCCCGACGGGCAGCUGCGGGUGGUAUACCCCUCCAAAACCGAUCUGGCCCUGGCCGCCGCCCAUGUCACCGUACUCCGUUGACCGCCACUGGGAUGCGCCUUGGUGGGUCGAGCUGCGUCCCUGGGCGGUCCUGGCCUGAGGGUCCCCAUGUGAUCAUGUGCUGCAGUUGCCACUUCGCCACCAGCCCUGGUUUAUGGUGACAUGGGUCCUGAGAGGUGCCUCCCUCAGGGCUCAGGAUGGACCCCACAGUGACUGUUGCUGAGCCUUUCAGCUUUUUAUGGACGUUGACGUGGCUCGAUGUGCAUUUAGCCGAUUCCCUUGGCCCCAAUCCUGUGGGUGGCCUGUUCACAGCUGGUGGUAAACAGCCCUUUAUUAAAGUUUUCUUCGCUUC